AUGACGACCACGGACGAUACCGCACGAUCCGAUUUGGGAGUCGCUACACCUUCCGCCGUUCGACUGGACAACUCGAGUGAGCGGAGAAUCGACUCGGCGGGCCCGAAAGCGCACGCGGCGGACGACGAGGCCUCCCCCCGGCCAACGCCAGCAGCAGCGGUGGUCCCUUUUUGAGCGGCAACGGUUCCGUUUCGAGUCACAGCGACCAGACUUUACGGAACGACUCGACCGAUCUCGAAGCACAACAAAAAAGCAGGGUUUCGUCGGAGAAGCCGCUACCGUCGUCACAAGCGGCGGGUCCAGCCGCAUCGGGGGCAGGGGAUCCGUUUCUGGUCACGCUCAAGGGGCGCGAACAUCUCGAUCCGCAGACUUGGUCCGAACCGUGGAGAUGGGUCAUCACGGCGUUCGCCGGUCUCUUGGUUCUGAAUGCAGGUGCGUUUUCUUUUUUUGCCUCUGAUCCAACGAGAUCUCGGUUCAAAUGCGACCGCACAACGAUGUGACAAGGUCAGGCUUGGCGCCGAAAGUGAUCUCGGGGAGGAGGCGAGAAAGAGCUCCCAAGCUGUCAUUCGGCACCAGUGUACGCUUUGACCUUGGAACAGUUUGGGCUGAUGUGCUUUUCGGACUACCACCUCCCUUUUUUUCUAUCAAAAUUUGCAGCUUUCGCCUCUUCUGCACCAUCAAACUUGAUCCCGAGCAUCAUUCGCCAUUAUAACGUGUCGGGAGAGGUGGGCGUGCUCUUGAUCUCUAGUCAGUGCCGAGUUCCCCAAUACUACGGCUGCCAAAUCGGACAGGUCAUUACCAUCACUCAGCUCAUCACCAUCAAUCACCUUGUUCUCGCUUCCUUCUCACAGUAUUCGUCGCCGGUUACUGCGUCGGCCCUAUUCGUACGUGAUUGGGGCUCGAGUAUGUUCCCCACGUUCGAAUAUAAUUGACACCUGUAUCGACUCAUUCCUUGCUGCACCACAGUGUGGGGCCCUCUGUCCGAGCGAUAUGGGCGACGAAUAGUCAUGUUCAUUGCUUGGGCCCCGUACGUUGCGUUCCAAGUUGGGUGUGCUCUCGCUCCGAAUAUUGGAUCCCUCCUCGUCUUCCGCUUCCUCGGAGGUUGCUUUGCCGCCGCGCCGCUGACAAACUCGUGAGUCACCGUGAGAGUGUCACUCGACGCCAAGGUCUCAACCGCUUUUCUGAACACCGUCUUCCGGAAUCUAUCACGCAGUGGUGGUGUUAUUGCCGACUUGUGGAGCGCCGACAAGCGCGGUGACGCUCUCGCCUUCUUCUCGCUCAUGCCUUUCGCUGGACCGGCCUUGUCUCCUAUCAUCUCCGGGUUCAUGGAAGUGACCAAGACCAACUUUCGGUGGAUUUUUUGGGUGCUCACUAUUUUCGCUGGUGUAUGCUUCGUGUUCAUAAGCCUGCUGUUGCCCGAAACGUACGUGCCUUACCUGUUGCAUCUCGAAGCCAAACGCCUGCGCAAGGAGACGGGUGACGAUCGAUGGCACGCGCCGAUGGACGACAAGAAAGAGACCACGAAGGAAAUGCUAGACCGCACAAUUUAUAAACCAUUCAGGAUGGCGGGUCAGUCACUUUCAAUCGGAUUCGAGAUACUUGUGUUAGCCUGCUGAGUCCUGACCAGUUUCAUCUCUCCUCUGCGUUCCAUAGCGCAAGAGCCGAUGCUCUUGUUGCUUUCAAUCUACAUGAGUCUCGGUGAGUGCUCACGCGCAGGUGGGGGCAGUCUCGAGUUUGGACUUAUGCCGGGGCUCCUUUGUGACUGUGCUACUGCAGUCUACGGUGUCCUCUACCUCUUGUUCGAGGGUGAGCUCUCACUGCCGCCCGCCGCUUGCCGCGCUCUACUACUUACUGACCUGUUCUGAGAUUUGCUUCUGGACGUGAUAGCCAUACCGAUCAUCUUUGAAGUGAGUUGGCAUGCCAUAACUUCACAAGAGCUUGAGGCUAAUUUUUGGUCCCACUUAUUUCCAUACUGCCAGACACAACAUGGCUUGAACCCCGGCGAAAGCGGUCUUGUCUUCCUUGCGCUCUUGGGCGGGGGAGUGGCGGGCGUGUUUGGCUACGUCUUCUACAUCAACCCCCAAUAUACGGCAUACCAUCACUCGUUGAAUGGAAAGCCGGUCCCUGUACAUUUCUUGACUCUGUAUCAUUUAGUUGUUGCCCGCCGAGGCUGACAGGCCCCCUUCUGUUGCCAGCCCGAGUUCCGCCUCAAACCCCUGAAGUUCGCGGCUCCUCUCUUCGCUGUCUCCUUCUUCUGGAUCGGUUGGACUUCGUACCCGAGCAUCAAUAUUGCGUCUCCCAUCCUCGGCAUCUUCCUGCUCGGCGUCACGAUCCUCUACAUAUUCCUGGGCAUCUUCAAUUACCUGAUCGACACCUACCUGAUGAACGCCGCCUCGGCACUCUCGUUCAAUACUGUGUGCCGUUCUUCGUUCGGUGCAGCGUUUCCGUUGUUUGCUACACGUUCGUGGCUUCCCUACAGAUAUGUGUUGCAGAAUAUACAUCGAGACUGACCGCCGCAUCGUCGUCUUCACCCUUCAUUUCAGAAAUGUUCAAGAAGCUCGGCGUUCCGGGCGCUUCAAGUCUGCUCGGUGGUUUGGCUAUCUUGUUCAUCCCCGCACCUUUCCUGCUCUACAAAUACGGGAAGAAAUUCCGCAUGAUGAGCAAGAACGCUAUCGUGCGACCGAACGAGGAUUGA